GCCAAUAAGAGAAAAGUUACCGCGCAAGGGUUUCUGUUCAAAAUCCGAAUCCUAUUCGGACCGGCGCGUUCGAUUUUCCAUUCUUUUGUCUUGAUUUUCCUGCCGCUUCCAGAGCAGGGUGACAAAGGGUUCCAGAAUUCUUUAACUGGUGCUCAAUCUGCUGAAAGUUUCGAUCUUUGUGGUGGGUUAGAGAGGGUCCUACCGUUCUUCGAUAAUAACUAUGAAGAGAAAGAGAGACGUCGGCAGUUCUGCUUCUCGUUCUCGACGGAGUUCCAUGUUAAUGAAGAGAAAGAGAAAGGUGCUUGGCUCUGCUUCUCGUCCCCGUCACAGCACCAAGUUUCUGAAGAGACAUAAAAAGGGGUCCUCUGAUAAAUUGCAUAGCUAUAAUCAUGAAGACCGAAUUAGUCAGCUUCCGGAGGACGUCCAGUUGUUCAUAUUAUCUUUCCUGACAAUUAAGGAGGUGGCCAUGACUUGUUUCCUUUCCACUCAAUGGAUGGACUUGGGGGCUUCCAUUCCUGGUUUAGACUUCAACGCCUCAUUCUUCCCAAUUGACGAAGGCAUUGACUACCUGCCUCCGUACGUGAGGGAGGAUUAUGUUAGACGUGUUAGUAAGGUGAUUCAAUCAUACAAAGGGCAGAUUUUGGAGGAGUUCAGACUUCAGUUUUGCCUGACUGAGAAGCAUAGAAGUUUUAUUGAUUGGUGUAUCGAGUUUGCUUUAUCUAAGAAAGUCAGGAAGCUGGAUUUGGACUGCAAUCUACCAUCUGGAGCUUGUAACGGGAUCUAUGAGCAGCGUCUCUUCUACAUGUCAAGACAUAAUGUAAUUAUCAAGGACGUCGAUCAGCAAAAGAAGUAUGCUUUUCGAGUAGGAGCUGCGAGCCAAGCUUCUACUCAUGAUAUAUCAUCACCCGUUUGCAGGUCAUUCCGUCGUUUUAAGUCGCUCACAUCUCUAUGUUUGAGGUCCGUCAGAAUGACUGGGGAUGUUCUGGAGGGUCUUCUGUCAACUUGUCCUAUUCUUGAAACGUUGACUCUGCAUCAUGUCUAUGACUUGGCCUGUUUGAAAAUUGCUGGUCAUUCUUUGAGGUUGAAGCACUUAGAGAUAAUCGGAUGUGGUGAAUUGGAUAAAAUCGAGUUAUAUGAUGUUGUAACAAUCGUUUCUUUUGUGUUAUAUGAUGAAAGAGUUCGUGUUCAUGCUCUGCCAGGCUGGUCUGAUGAGAAAUUUUUUCUGAGGAACCUUCCAGGCUUAGUGGAUGUAUCUUUUUCAAUAAUUUCAAAACUGGUGGUUCAGUUUCUUAUGCUCUCCUCCCAUGUUUCCCAGCUGAAGCAUCUGAAGGUGGCUGUUUACCCGGGACCUCUGGUAGAUCUAGACUAUCCAAUUAUCCACAAACUUAAUGGUCUGCUAGAAGAGGCAUUGAUCGGAAAGGAGACUAGUAACGGCUGCUUCCUGGAUUGUGAGGAAAGACAAUAUAAGCAGGAGGAUUUUCAUCCGGCAGCUGACUGAUUUGAUUAUCAGGAUUAUAGCAAUCCAAUUUACAGGAGUAGAAUGUAUAACAAUACUAACACAAACUUCUUUGCCUGGUUUGUACUUCGCCAUUAGCCUUUUUAUUUGAUAGACUUAACCGUUUAGUCCCUGGCAUUUUAGAAACCAAUUUGACAAGUGCUUCAACUCUUUCUUUUACUGAAAUUCCAUAUGUCGUUUCUUUCAAUUAAAAAAUGCACUAUCUAAAACGAUCAAAGAACAGGCACUAAUAAAUAUUCAUCAACAAUACAAAUCUAAAGAGUAA